UCUCCUCUGAACCUGCUUAGUCAAUGUCUUGUCUCGCCCGAUGUUUGUAUAAAUAAGCUUCACAUGCAACGACUCUCUCUGAAAGCCCUUCUCGCCUCCCUUCAGUUUUCACACUUCAGCUUCUCUCUCUCUCUCUCUUUCUCUCUCUCUCUCUCGCCAUGGCCGAACUGGACCAACUCAAAGCCAAAGAAAAUCACUACCCCGCGCGGUUCAAGCUCUUCGGCUUCGACUUCGCCGAAGACGAAGAAGAACCCGAACCAGCUGAGCUAGACCCCACGUCCAACAAGACCAGCCCCUCGCCGUCCGACGAGUCCGCCGGCGUGUCCUCCUCCUCCGUCGACCGGAAGUUCGAGUGCCAGUACUGCUGCCGGGAAUUCGCCAACUCCCAGGCCCUGGGCGGCCACCAGAACGCCCACAAGAAGGAGCGGCAGCAGCUCAAGCGCGCCCAGCUGCAGGCCGCCCGCCACGCCACCGUCUACGCCCACAACCCCAUCGUCUCCGCCUUCGCCCCGCCCCCGCACCUCCUCUCCGUCGCCGGCGGCGCCGUGCCCCCGCCGUGGGUCUACGUGUCGAGGGCCGCCGCGCCGAUCCACAUCGCGCACGGCUGCGUCUUCGCCGGCCCCGGCGUGAGGGCGCCGCCGGGGGCGGCGGCGGCGGCGAGCCCCCUCGGGGGCCCCGCGGCGCAGCCCGGCUUGCCGGGCCGGGUGGUGUUUGAUGGGCCUCCGCCGAGUAGGUUCUCGAGAGGGGACGGUGGGCCCAGCUUCGACGAAGGGUGGGGCCUGGACUUGCACCUGAGCCUCGCGCCAGCCGCGCCUUAGAAGAUCGGCGGCUUAAAGUUUUAAAGCGACUGGCUGGCUGGCUCAGAGGGGAGAGCGUUCGGUCACCGGCUCGGCGAUGCUCACGGUCACGCGGCCGGUUCGGUUGGAUCCGGCUUGAUCUUGGACGCUCGGCCCGGUUCGGAGGGUCACGGACGAAUUGUACCAUUUUGAUCUGUUGUUGCUCAUGGAUCCCCUCUGUACACACCCCUCUGAAGCAAAAUUCUCUUCGUAAGAGCAGUGAUUCUCUUGAAAAGACAUGUUGAACGUUUAGCCAUAUUGGUUAAUUUUGCCGACGUUACAUGAAUUUCCGAGUAGGGAUUGACAAUGCAUAACUAGAAGCGAGUUAUUGUA